GUGAUAGCCCCAUGCAGUGGGGCUUUGGCUUUCUGCCCUGGGACCCAAGUCUAAUGCUGCCCUACUGGGCGGACCUGCUGAAACUGGCUCAUGCCCCCCGCUCCCCCCAAAGGGUCCUGGACCCUGGUUGAGAACCACUGCUCUAGGCAAUUCAUAGCUGGAUGCUCAAAGCUAUAGCUUUUCUCCAUAUCCUGCAAACUUCAGCUGAUGAGGCCUCAUGAGGAAGUUUGUUUUUUUAAUGCUAUAUUGUAUAUUUCAUGUGGCCUCUUCUUUGGGUGUUCAUUGCCAUACAAUAGAUCGUACCCAUGCUCCUCUUUUACUAGUUGAGUCAAAGUUCAUCCAGCUUCCAGCCUGACUGGGGGAUUGAGUCUGGUAGAUCAAGCAAUUAUUUGAAAACAAGGAAAACUGUUACCAGAGUUUCUGAAAACAAACUUCUAAACCUCUAUGAAGUCUACAUUCUGAGUGUGUUUCCAAAGAACACACCCAGUAUUCACCCUAUGUACACUUGGAAUUGGAAGAUCGGCUAGCAAAAUUUAUGAGGACAGAGGAAUCCAUUAUAUACUCAUAUGGAUUUGCCACAAUUGCCAGUGCUAUUCCAGCAUAUUCAAAGCGAGGGGACAUAGUGUUUGUAGAUGAAGCUGCCUGCUUUGCUAUUCAGAAAGGAUUACAGGCAUCGCGAAGUAACAUUAAGUUAUUUAAACAUAAUGAUACGGCUGACCUUGAGCAACUUCUGAAAGAACAAGAGAUUGAAGAUCAAAAGAAUCCUCGUAAGGCCUGUGUAACUCGAAGGUUUAUUCUGGUGGAAGGGCUAUAUAUGAAUACUGGAGAUAUUUGUCCUCUUCCAGAAUUGAUAAAAUUGAAAUAUAAAUAUAAAGUGAGGAUUUUUUUGGAGGAAAGUCUUUCCUUUGGAGUCCUCGGAGAACAUGGACGAGGUGUUACUGAACACUUUGGAAUAAAUGUUGAUGAUAUAGAUCUGAUUAGUGCAAACAUGGAGAAUUCCCUGGCUUCCAUUGGAGGAUUUUGCUGUGGAAGAUCUUUUGUUAUUGACCAUCAGAGAUUGUCAGGUCAGGGUUACUGCUUUUCAGCCUCUCUGCCUCCCCUUCUAGCUGCUGCUGCUAUUGAGGCCCUCAAUAUCAUGGAAGAGAAUCCAGACAUUUUUCAGAUUUUACGAGAGAAAUGCAAACGGAUUCACAAAGCUUUACAAAGAAUCCCUGGUCUAAUAGUUGUGGGAGACUUAUUUUCUCCAGCAUUACACCUUCAGUUGGAAGAGCCCAGUGGAUCUCGAGAAAAUGAUAUGAAGUUACUCAAGAGAAUUGUAGAUUAUUGUAUGAAUAGAAGUAUUGCAUUAACUCCGGCCCGCUAUCUGGAGAAGGAAGAGAAAUGUCUUCCGCCGCCGAGUAUUCGGGUAGUGGUGACAGUGGAACAAACAGAAGAAGAAUUGGAUAAAGCUGCAUCGAUUAUCAGGAAAGCUGCACAGUCUAUACUGAAUUAAACUGCUGAUAUUUGUAUCCUGACAUUAUGAAAAAAAAUGUUUUCCACUGUGUGCUGUCUUGGCAUCCACUCCAAAGGUUCCAGCUGUUUAUGGCUCAACCAUUGGUGGAAUUGAAACCUUGAUAAUUAAUAGGGUCAUUCCAGAAUCAUGUAGAUCUGGUGAGAGGAAGAAUGAUGAAUUUCAGAAUUACUAAAUGACAUACGCCAUAUGUAAAGAGUACAAACUCUACUUAUAGUACUGUUUUAAAUUGAAUAUUAUUGUGCAGUAGUAUUUUAUAUUGCUUUCCCCCCCUCUUUCGUAAAAGCCUUACACUUUCCUCAAUCCCCUGAAAAUCUGAACACUCCAUUUCUCUGAAAAGAUUGCUGAGCCUUAUGAGAAUGUAGGAACUUUUAAUAUAAUCUUGAUAAAGUAAAUUUAAUUUUGUUUAAAAUAUUACCUCUUUCAAGAUAUUUCUAAUAUAUUUAAAAGCUAAAUAGUUAAUGUAUUAAGGAAUUCUUGGUUUUGAACUAUACUAAGUACUUAAUUACUUAAUAAUUAAGUGCAUCCUAUAUUUAUAUACUAAAACUUUCUUUGGUUAACCAUUCCUUGAAACCAAUUCUUAAUCAUUGUCCCUUAAUAGUCCAUUUUCAAAGAAGAGAGAUUCACCUCAAAUACAGUUUGAUUAAUGCAUUUGAUCUGUAAGUAUAUGCUGGUUUGACUGUUAUGGAUGAGGUUUUUCUUACGAUUAAUUCACAUCUAGUUUUAGAAUUUGCUACCUUUCAUAUACUGUAUGCUGCCAGGGAGCUAAAGCAGUGAUGGGCAACCUGCGGCUCGUCAGGGUAAUCCGCUGGCAGCCCGUGAGACGGUUUGUUUACAUUGACUG